AUGGGUGUGAAAGACCUCUGGCGAGACUUUUCGGAGAGUCAAACAAAGCCCAUGACAGAAUGGGCUUCGGAGUUCUAUACCAAGCAUCGACGGAAACCCAGAGUGGCUCUCGACACGCCUCAAUGGCUUGUGGGGAUUGUGCAAAAGGCCAAGAGUUGGGGGUUCAACGAACACCGGCUGCUGAUCCGUCGCUUUGCAGCGUUCAUGACAGCGGGAAUUGACUUGGUGCCGGUGUUUGACGGCACAGAUCACCCGCAUAAGCUACGACACAAGUCUCGUUUUCGCAGAGAGCACGCUUUUGUGGUCUUGGCCAAAGACAUCGUCAAGCAUUUAGGCCUGCCGUGCAUCGAGUCUCCCGGCGAAGCGGAGGCACUGUGCUCUCACCUGCAGAGUAUAGGGCAGGUCGAUUUCGUUUUCAGCGACGAUGCCGAUGUUUUGGUUUUUGGGGCUACUUGUGUGUUGUCGUACUCACGGGACCGAGACACUGUCAAGGAAAAUGCCCUCAACCGACAUAUCUCUAUUCACAAUGUGACUAUAGAUCGUAGGAUCUAUCUUUUACGGGCUCUUUUGCAGGGAAAUGACUACGAUAAGGGUGUCACUCGUCUCGGCAGUAAGGUUGCAAGCCAAAUAGCAGACGUGCAGACUGGAUUCGCUCAGCGACUGGAAGAAAUCGUUGUGGUUUAUCACAGCGACCCUGUACUACUCGCAGACUGGCGCGAAAAUAUCAACCACGAGCUUCAAACCAACGAAUCAAAGUUCCUGACUCGCCGCUGCAACGUCAAGCUGCCAGACGAUUUCCCUAAACCUGAAAUCAUCCACGCCCUGCUGAAACCUGCAGUCUCGGAAAAUUACAACCUCCAAUGGAAUCCACCUAAUCACUUCAAGUUGCAGCAGGUUUGGACGGGGCCAUCUCCGGUGCGGCCCUCAAAAAAAGCCAUUGAGGCAUUGGCGGCCCGUUCUCUGUCCGAAGAAAAUGUCGAACUUGUGGAGAAGGUGCGGAAACCUUCGAAAGCAAAGUAUAAUCCCGACAGUCUCGACGUCAGUUUCACAAAAUGUAUGGCCUCGGUUAUGCUGGUCUACCAUAUCCAUAAAAAAACCGACGACCCCCAAUGGUAUGGCAAUGUGAAGGUUCUGGCUGCGAAUGAUCUUGUCGACGUGAAGCUAUCUCCCAAGUGGCCCUAUGGAAAUUCAGCCACUGUCCAGAUCCCCUACCACGCACUGCGCCUGAGCCGAUACGUCGUACGGCCGGAAAAGCGCAAAAACUAUCUGGUGACCGAGUUGUUCCAAAGAGCAGACAAGAAGGCUCUAACCUCUAUUGUAGCACCGACGCGGGUAGAUUAA